AUGUUCGUGGACCAGGCUCUGGAUAUGAAGAUGGAAGGCUGGCAGCUGGAUCAACUGGCGCAAGGGUUCCGUUGGAAGGCUCUCAAGAAUUUGCUAUCGAGCGACCCCGUGCUACGGAUACUGAAGCCCAAGCUGAUCGGAAAAACUCAAGUCCCGAAAUCUCUACCGAAGGCGGCAACUAAUCCGAUGGAAGGGAUGAGCUCGACCUACCAGAAACUACAAGAUGCUGGAUACGUAGCUGGGCAUUCGAUGCGAACAAAUUGCUGGAAUGCGAUCAGGAUCAGGUAA